CUCCCAAUUACGCUGUGUCAAUCUGUUGGCAGCCAAGCUGAAGUAUUCUAGAGGGAAUGCCGUCUACUGUUUGUAAAACUAAUAGACGUGAUUGUUGAAACUAUUUAUUGAAAAUGCUUGAGAAUAUGUUACAUGUGUAUUGCUUAAUUUUUUGAAGUUUUCAACGCUGUUGCAGGCAUGUGUUUGGCCAGCUAUGUGGGGCGGGUUGAGCGGGAACCAGGAAGUGCGGGGAUCUCGUGCGCGCGCGCGCGCUCGCGCGCUGUUCUGUCGUUGCUGGAUAGUCGAAAAAGAAAGUUGACCGGAAGCAGCCGGCAACCGUGUUUCUUUCUCUGACGAAGUCAGGCCGCCCCUCACCACGGUUUGGGGCUGAAAAUACUGACAGUUAACACCGCCACGACAGUGAAGAAGUGCCGAAGUAAACGGUUUGUUUUGCAACAGCAUCGUUUUCAUUGGCGCCAAUUUAAUUCGGUAUGGAGUCGGCGUUCCAACACCCUGACGGAGAACACUGGAGUUGCCAUGUAACUCAGGCGCCGCACAAGCAAUGCUACAAGAUGAAAAGCCGCUUGUCGCUUAACAGCUCGUGGGAUCCCUCUGCAUCCAUCUCAACAUGAGCUCCAAAUGGGAGCGUCAUCUGAUGCCAUAGGUUCUCCAGUGGACAGUUUCACCUAUUGCACGCACAAGACGGCAUUUUCUGGCGCUUCAACCUUUUGCGUCCAUCAGCAGUCUGUCGGCCCCCGGGGAAGGACUCAUGUAAUCGUGUUGGCAGACCAUCAACAACAUGGCGUCGGCGUUCUUCACAGUUCCAGUGAGUACCAUUGGGGCCAUCAUCCGGAAGUGGAAAGAACACGGCAUUACCAUAAACCAGCCACGGCCAGGUGCUCCUCGCAAGAUUUCAGACAGAGGAGUCAAAACAAUCAUCAGAAGGGUUCUCCAACAGCCCAGGACCACUCGUGGAGAGCUUCAGAAAGACCUGGAAUCAGCAGGCUGCUGAAGAUGAAAAGAGGGUGGAUCUUUCAGCAAGAUAACGAUCCCAAGCACACAGCCAAGGUAACACUCAACUGGUUGAAGAAAAAGAAAAUAAAGCUGCUAGAAUGGCCCAGUCAAUCACCAGACUUGAAUCCAAUUGAAAAUCUUUGGAAAGAACUGAAGAUCCGGGUUCACAGAAGAGACCCCCGGAACCUUGAAGAUUUGAAGGCAGUUUGUGUGGAUGAAUGGGCCAAAAUCACACCUGAGCAAUGUAUUCGACUGGUUUCUCCAUACAGGAGGCGUCUUGAGGCUGUAAUCACCAACAAAGGUUUUUGCACUAAGUAUUAAAUAAAUUUGUACUCUUUGUAAAAGCUUAAGGCUAAACCAACUGUAACACUUGUCUAUACAGUGUGGAGUAUGGUGGAGCAUCUGUUGACAACAAUGGAAGUAUUAUUUUGCAAUAAUCUAGUCAUGUUAGUACUUACAAAUAAUGUCACACUUUGUAUAAGGAAAGUUUUCCAGUAUUUCCGGGUUACAAUCACUCCACUUGUUGUGUACUUUUUUGGACCUUUAAAUCCAUUUGUUUCUAUCUUUAUUUUCUCUAAAAUAGUAUUUAUAGUAUUUUAAAUGCAUGCAAGUGACAACUAUAUGGCGGAAUUUCCCAAGAAGAUUAGCAGUGCUUAAAAAAAACACCGCUAGAUGGCGAAAAUUCCCAAGUAUAGUUGCAGUAAUUUUAAGUGCCCACCAAAUGGAGGAAUUUCACAGUUUCCGUUGCAGUAAUUUUAAGUGGCCACCAGAUGGCGGAAUUUCACAGUUUAAGUUGCAGUAAAUUUAAGUGGCCACCAGAUGGCGGAAUUUCACAGUUUAAGUUGCAGUAAAUUUAAGUGACCACCAGAUGGCGGAAUUUCACAGUUUAAGUUGCAGUAAUUUUAAGUGACCACCAGAUGGGGGAAUUUCACAGUUUAAGUUGCACUACUUUUAGGUGACCACUAGAUGGGGAAAUUUCACAGUUUAAGUUGCACUACUUUUAGGUGACCACUAGAUGGCGGAAUUUCCCAAGGUAAGUUGCAGUAAUUUUAAGUGACCACUAGAUGGCGGAAUUUCCCAAGGUAAGUUGCAGUAAUUUUAAGUGACCACUAGAUAGUGGCAUAGGGCUGGGGUUGGG